AUGGGGAGACACAAUGGGGGACGAGCGCAAUGGGAAGAUGCACGGGUGGAGGAAAUUAUAAGCGAUAAUGAAGAUGUGUUUGGGCGGGAGAUGAUGCGGGGUGGUCGGUACAUGCGACAACAGGAAUAUGGUGGCCGAAGUCCACGCAGACGAUUGGAAUAUGGAGACUUGACCGAUGAGACCGAAUCGGUCAUGGAUGGAGGAGACUACGAUCUUUAUGACCAUGAAGAUAGUGUGGUGGCCUAUGCGGUUCAACUGGCCAUGCGAGAUAAGGAGGAUCAACUGGUGGACCAGGCAUUGGAGCGGAUUCGCCGCGCACAGGUCCUGGGCAAGAGUAACGUUCGGCUCUCAAAAUCAGAACUGGCAGCAUUGGAGCGGAAACGACAACAGACGGAUACCGCCAGUGCCAGUGGGAUGCAGCGCAACAGGAAAGGAAGUGGGAGCAAUUCGCGACCAUCAUCUCGACGGAAUGGGCAUACAGUUCCAUUGGAGCAACAACAACAACAAUUUCAACCGCCGCAGAUGGGGCCCUAUCCACCCUUUGCGCCGCCAGAUGCUCAAUGGAAUCGGACUGCAAGUCGACCAUCCAGUUCCUCAUCGGCGAAUCGACCACGAACCCCGACGAUGCAGUCGUUGCGACCGCAGCAAUCUAUCUCCCCGCUCCGACCUGCUGGUUUUCCAUCGUUUCCCGACCGUAUGCCUCCCAAUGCUCGCCCUCAAUCCAUGCAACAGCCUCUUGCGUAUCCUCGGCCCUUACCGGACGACCCGUCAUGGGCACCACCGUAUUACAAUCCAAUGCAAAUGAAUUCUUAUGCGUCGGAGCAACCUCAAUACCAGUCACAACUACCUGCGGAACUUCGGGUCGGACCUCAAAGUCGGAUGAGUUAUCCUGCGGGCAUGUCGCCUAUUCAAGCUCAACAUCGACAGUCAGUGAAUGGGCGACGACGAUCGUCGGGCACAUCGCAACCGCAGGCUACUCCUCCAGAAAGUGAGGAAGAGACCUCGAGUGAAGAAGAGACGGAGGAUAGUGAUGAUUCCGAUGUACAGAUCGUGCGAGUUGUGGAGCGUCAGGCUGCGGUUCCAGUUCCGGCUCCGGUUCAGGUUCAAGUACCAGCUCCAGUUCAAGUUCAAGCUCAAACCCAAGCCCAACCUUCUCCUGGUCUUCAGAGACGUCGAGUUUCUGGUGGUAAACAGGGUCGUCAACGAACCAAACGGUGA